AAAAUGUCAAAUAUACCGUUAGUUCGUCGUGCGAUAGCUGGGGCAGCUAUGGCCCAUAGUUCCGGGUCAAAUGAAGUUGAAUCCUCUCCGUUGGGUCCUCCUGAGGAGAGUCAUUGGACCCCCGCUGCCCUUGAAAGGGCUGGAUCUACUCUUAAGGCGCUGAAUCGUAUGGCAAAGCGACCCCCGGUCCAUAUAAUAUUUGAAGAUAUAGGAUAUACUGUUGGAUCACGAAAAGAGGAACGUCGUAUCUUACACAACGUGUCUGGCGAGUUUCGAUCUGGCGAACUUACAUGCAUCUUGGGACCAUCGGGCGCUGGCAAGUCUACCUUGCUGAAUAUACUUGCUGGAUAUACUUCGAACGGGGUCAAUGGCCGGAUUACCGUCAACGGCCACGCGAGAGACAUGAGAGUGUUCAAGAAACUCAGCAGUUACAUCAUGCAAGAUGACCUUCUGCAACCCCAGCUCACAGUUAGCGAGUCUAUGAUGAUAGCCGCCGAUCUUAAACUUGGCAAAGAACUGGGCAAAGCAGAGAAAGAUCUUAUUGUGGAAGAAAUUCUUCAGACACUCGGCCUCUGGGACCAUAGAGAUACGAUGUCUCAUCAUCUCUCUGGAGGUCAGUCCAAACGUCUCUCCGUCGCUCUGGAGCUGGUCAACAACCCACCGAUUAUAUUUCUGGAUGAACCUACCACAGGGCUCGAUAUUGUAUCUAUUCGACAGUUAGUGGUACUUCUGCGGCUUCUUUCGCGACAAGGACGAACAAUUGUAUGCACAAUACAUCAACCAUCAGCUUCGUUGUUCGCACUUUUUGAUAGAGUUUACGUCUUAUCUCGAGGAUUAUGCUGUUAUCAGGGUGCUGCCCCGCUUCUUGUGCCAUUCUGUGCAGAAGUUGGACAUAUAUGUCCAACGACACACAAUCCUGCUGAUUUCAUUCUCGAGACUCUAGUUGGAGAUCCGGAGAGUGCGGCACAAAUGUCAGAACUUUGUCAAAACGGAAAACUUUCCAGGAAACUUGAUCGGAUGACCGUAAGAGGGGGAAGGAAACCAGUAUUGAAAUCGGAUGAAUCUAUACAGAAAAUAUUUGUGGAGCACGUCGCCAAAGAACAAAUGCAGAAAAUGGAAUUUCCAACUACUUUCUUGACACAGUUUUCAAUACUGUUGCUUAGAAUGUUUAAACAAACUCGUAGGAACACCCUUAGCCUGUGGAUUCAAUUCGCACAUCACAUUAGCGCAGCCUUGCUCAUCGGAGGAAUUUUCUUCCUCGUUGGUAAUGAUGGAACUGCUCCUGUAGCCAACUUCAAGUUUUGCCUCAGCGUUUUGGUCUUCUUCAUGUAUACUUACGUAAUGAUUCCUGUAUUAUUAUUUCCAUCGGAGCUUCGGAUGAUUCGAAGAGAAUACUUCAAUAGAUGGUACAGCUUAAAAGCAUAUUACGUAGCUCUAACUCUGUCAACACUCCCCAUAAUGUUAUUAUUGGGAACAUUAUUCAUAAUCAUAACCUAUGUGAUGUCUGGGCAACUUAUGGAAGUACAUCGGCUAUUUCUAUUCCUGGUAAUUGCUAUAAUUACCGGCAUAUGUUCGGAAGGAUUGGGUCUGUUUGUCGGUACCAUGUUUAGCGUUACUAACGGGUCGAUCGUCGGUCCUGCAAUCGUUGCACCACUACUGGCAUUGUGUUGUUACGGGACGGGUUUUGGAGCAUCGAUAGAAAAAAUGAUGAGAUUUCUCAUGUCAAUAUCCUAUUUACGUUAUAGUGUAACCGGAUUUUGUUUAGCACUAUACCACAAGCGACCAUUUUUAGAGUGCAGCACUGACGUAUGUCUAUAUUCAGAUCCAAGAAUAUUUUUAAGAGAUUUAGGAAUGGCAACUGAUACUUAUGGAACUCAAAUCAUAUUUUUGACUAUAUUUACAAUAUUAUUUAGAGUAGCAGCAUACUUUGCGUUAAGAUACCGUCUUACAUCUGAAUUCACAAGCAAAUUUAUGACACAUAUUAGCAAAUUUUUAAAACACAGAUAAAAAAAGUGAAAAAUAUAAAACAAAUAAAGUUUUAACAAAGAGGUUUUUUGAAUUGUAUGUGAAUAGAAAAUAUAUAAUAGGUAAAUUAUAAAAAUGUUUAUAGAUAUUACGAGCAAAUUAAUAUCGAUAAUUGUUUUGAAGUAGUUCGUGUUUUUGCCUCUUUUUAUUUUAAGGACACUUUUCAUUUAAACUUAAGUAGGUAAAGUACCUAUAUUGGAUGAAAAACAUUUUAUAUCUUUUAAAUAUUAAAGAUAGCUGGACUAUACCUAUGCGAAGAUAACAUAACAAUAAUUAUAACUUUUAGUAUGUAAUUAAAUUUUAUGUAAGAAAAAUAUAAGAAGGUAAACAACGGGUUGGUAAAAUACCAAGUAGGUAAUGGAUGUUCUGUGAUUUUAUGCUAAGAUAUUUUGAAUAAUCUAGUACGUUAAAUUUCGAGACAGUUUUACUAGUAAAGCUGUAUAAGUGUUUACCUAUAUAGUAAAGACAAGAUACAGGAGAGAACGUUCCACACACAAAUCAAAUCAUUAAAAUGACCUAAAUUGGCUGGAAC